AUGGCUGCCUGCAGCACCUGUAACAUCAGAAUGCUGGUGGUCAUUGUGUGGGGGCUAAUGACGGCCAUCAUUUUGGGACUAUGCAUCUGGAGAACAGUGAUAAGGAUCCAGAGAGGAACAUUUGCUCCCCCGUCAAGCACCCCUAUAGAAUUCUGCAGGAAUGGUGGAACCUGGGAAAAUGGCAGAUGCAUUUGUACAGAAGAGUGGAAAGGGCUGAGAUGCACAAUUGUUAAUUUUUGUGAAAAUACUACCUAUAUGAGUUUUACUUUUGCCAGAAUUCCAGUGGGCCGAUAUGGACCUUCUUUGCAAGCAUGUGGCAAGAACACUGUAAAUGCUGGCAGUCCAAUAGCAAUUGGGCUGUGCAGUCUGUCUCUAUAUGGAGAGACAGAACUACAAAAUGUGAUAAUAGGAAGUUGCAAUGAAAAUCUGGAAACCCUGGAAAUGCAGAUAGACAAUAUUUCAACAAUAUCUACGAAUAUUUCCACUGAAGCCAAGAUUUUAACAUCUGAUGCCAAUAAAUUAACUCCUGAGAAUAUCACUUCUGCUACUAAGGUGGUUGGACAGAUCUUCAAUAUAUCCAGAAAUGCUGACUCUGAGGCAAAAAAAGUUGCUGUAACAACAGUGAGUCAACUUCUUGAUGCCAGUGAAAAUGUUUUUCAAAGAGCUGCUGCUACUGAUAAUGAUGAUACUUUUGGAAUGCUUAUUGAACAAGUGGAGACUUAUUCCUUAUCUUUGGGCAAUGACUCAAUAGUGGAACCUAAUAUAGCAAUACAAUCUGUUAAUCUAGAAAACACAAUGACAUCUACAAGUAUUCUCUUCUCUGUACAGAAAGGAGCAAGUGAUUCCCUAGUUCCUGGUUUAACAUCUGUAGAAACAAAUGUGGACAGACUUCAUCCAGAUGGACAAACUGAACUUCAGAUCUUAGUCAAUACCAACACAAAUAACACUAAGAAAUGUGGCUUUGUAGUGUAUCAAAACAACAAACUUUUUCAAUCAAAAACUUUUACAACUAGGUCACAUUUUAGUCAAAAAAUUAUCUCAAGCAAAGUGGAUGGAAAUGAGCAAGAUCAGAGUAUUUCUGUUAAAAUGGUCUUUAGUCCAAAGUACAACCAAAAAGAAUUUCAACUCAGUUCUUAUGCCUGUGUCUACUGGAAUUUCUUAACAAAAGAUUGGGACACAUACGGCUGUCACAAAGACCAGAGCACUGAUAGAUUCCUGGGCUGCCGCUGCAAUCAUACUACUAAUUUUGCUGUAUUAAUGACAUUCAGAAAGAAUUAUCAAUAUCCUGAAUCAUUAGAUGUAUUAUCGAAUGUCGGAUGUGCCUUGUCUAUUGCUGGACUCACUCUUACGAUCAUAUUUCAGAUUGUCACCAGGAAAGCCAGAAAAACCUCAGUAACCUGGGUGUUGGUCAAUCUGUGCACAUCAAUGUUGAUUUUCAACCUUCUCUUUAUGUUUGGAAUUGAAAACUCCAAUAAGAACUUGAAGACAAAUGGUCAUGAUAUCAAUAAUAUUGACUUUGAUAAUAAUGAUGUGCCCACAAGAGACACUAUUGACAUCCCAAAUUCCUCAUGCACUACAAUUGCUGCCUUUCUGCAUUACUUUCUGUUAGUGACAUUUACUUGGAAUGGACUCAGUGCUAUACAGCUCUAUUUCCUUCUUAUCAGGACCAUGAAGCCUUUUCCUCAACAUUUCAUUCUUUUUAUCACAUUAGUUGGAUGGGGAGUCCCAGCUAUAAUAGUGGGUGUCACAGUGGGAAUUGUUUAUUCUCAGAAUGGGAAUGAUUCACAGUGGGAAUUAGACUAUCGACAAGAAGAAAUCUGCUGGCUGGCAACAUCAAACAGCAAUGGUUUUAUAACAAGUUCAUUUUUAUGGUCAUUCAUCAUGCCUAUAACCAUUAUCCUCAUCAGUAAUUUUGUUAUAUUUAUUAUAAUCACAGUCAAAGUGCUGUGGAAGAAUAAGCAGAAUUUGACAAGCACGAAAAAGAUUUCAACCCUAAAGAAAAUUUUUAGCACAUUAUCGAUUGCAAUCAUUUUUGGAAUUACCUGGAUUCUGGCAUACUUUAUGCUAAUUAAUAACGAUGACAUCAGAAAUGUCUUCAGCUACAUAUUCUGCCUUUUCAACACUACUCAGGGUCUGCAAAUUUUUGUACUCCACACUAUUAGAACAAAAAUCUUCCAGAGUGAAGCUUCCAAAGUGUUGAAGUCACUGUCCUCAUCUGUUGGAAAAAUGAAGUCACAACCUCCACUGACUCCACUAAGGCUGCGCAUAAGAAUGUAUAAUAUGCUUAAAUCCUUUCCAGCCCUACAUGAACGCUUCAGGCUCCUGGAGCCAUCUACAGUGACCGAGGAAAUGACACUGUGA